AUGUAUUGUAUUAUCGAACCACAAUUUGUUAGUAAACAAGCAGCCCUGUCUCGUCGCAAAGAAUCGGCGGCACCGCUAACUGCAGAUAAAGAUGGCGCUAUCUUUCGUAACGCGCUAUCUUAUCCACUAGCUUUAAUCCUUCGACUUCGUGUAUUACAGAUUGUAUGUGGUAUUUCCACAAUGGUGAUGGGCAGUGUAGCUUUUAUAGAAGAGAGACAGAAAUUCAACAUGGGACUUGGCAUUCCCGCUGGAAGCUUUAGUGUUUUAGCGGCGGCCGUAUCAAUACAUACAUCACGAGGUUGGGGUGGAACAAGUGGUGCGAGCGCGGGCGCGACGGCAGCGGUGCUAUGGACUGCCUCGGGAUGUCUUCUGAUAACUCUGAUAGUACAGUGCUCAAGAACGAUACUCGAUCCACCUGGAUUUGAUCAUGGCGACGGUCCUGAAGAAGAAUCGAAGCCUUCCUCACGCGACCUGAUCGUCAUAGCAAGUGUUCAAAUUGCUCUUGCAAUAGCCACUCUACUUAGCGCGGUUAUAUGUGCUAGGAUCGACUAUACUGCA